AUGGAGCACACCGCAUCUGAUGCCUCCUCUCCGCAUCCCGUCAAGGAUUUCCGUUUUCGUGUAGUCAUUCUGUGUCUCUGCAUCUGCUGCUUUAUUGCGUCGCUCGACACCAUUAUCCUUUCCUCGACCCUGCCAGCCAUUGCAGCAAGCCUCCAGGCCACCACGACGGAUGCGUAUUGGUGUAGUGCCAGUUUUCUAUUUGCUCAGAGCGUGGUCCAACUCAUCUACGCUGUCGUUGCUCGUGCUCUUAACCGCCGCAUAUGCAUGCUAGCUGCUCUUGGGUUCUUUGAAGCUUUGCGAGCAUCUUAUGCGCUACGGCUCGUAACAUACAGUGGCUCAUUGCUGCGCGGACAAGUCUUCUGGAUCAACCUGCCGAUAUGUGUCCCCACAAUGGUCGGUUUUGCAUGGUGUCUUGAUGCUCCUCCAAGACAAUCGUCGGUCUGGACAGCCAUCAAGAAGACAGAUUGGGGCGGUGGCAUCAUAUUUACCUUUUGUUCUCAUUCGUACCUGGGCGCGGCGAUUCUUAUGCUUCCCGCCACACUCACAUUUCCACCGUCAGCUGCCAUCGCAGGUCAUAUAAUUGGCCGUACGCUCAAAUACCAGCUGGCUAACAUAAUUGGCUUUGCCAUUCUGGUUGGUGGCCUCAGUGGCUCAGCCAACCUGGAUGAAUUCUCCUCUCACCCCAACCAGUAA